GACGUAGAAUCCUCCCAUGAUGCACUGCGUAAGCGCUUCACAAAAAGCCUGAUGAGGGGACCGGGUCCAGGAGAAGGCUGCCAGCCGAGGGGGGUAGCCGAUUCUCAGGGAGGAAUGUGCCCAGGUCACCUGCACCGUGAGACGGAUCCAGAUGUACCUGUGGAAUAAAAGCGUCAGGAUCCUGAUGCUGUCUCGAUCCGCAGGGAUCCUGUCGGGCCUGUGAGGUCCGGCUUUUGUUGAACCAGCUCCUCUUCAGGGGUCUGUCUGCAGACUGAAUCCGUCCUGGUCCUGACCUGACCCGAGACUCCACCGGGCGAUGACAGCGGCGGCGGCCACCCCGCAGGUGAUGAGAGACCGGCUGCUACAGGCUGUCGACGGCCAGAGCAAUCAGAUUUGUAACAUGGUGGUGGUCAUGGAGGUGAUCUCCUUUUUGGAAAGAUAUCCUAUCACCAAAGAGGCACUUGAGGAAACUCGUCUUGGCAAACUCAUCAACGACGUCCGAAAGAAAACAAAGAAUGAGGAACUUGCAAAGAGGGCAAAGAAGCUGUUGCGAAACUGGCAGAAGCUUAUUGAGCCGGGGAAGGGCGAGGUGUUGUCCAAAGGAGCCACUGUUGCAUUGUGGUCUUCCAAUGGGUGCGUCUCUGCUCCAGUUGUCACCACACCUUCAGGUAAAACGGGCCAAGAGCUGAAGAACAUAAACGACUUCAACAACUGCUCAGCGCCGAAGAUAGAAAAACUGACCAAGAAACGAAAGAAGGAGCAGAAGGAGGGACCGCUCCUGCCAGCAAAGGUACCCAAAACAACUCUUAGUGAUAAAGUACAAAACUCCAAACAGCUGCUGAACAAUGGGAUUGGAGGAAGCUCUGAAAUGUUUACAGACAUGCGUGCACAUCAGCCUUCAGAGAAAGAUGUUUCUGAGCCUUUGGACAACGACAGGCUGGGUAAAAUCCCAGUCCAUACUGUAAAACCUCAUCCAAGUGCCCCGGGAUUCAACAAGCCUCCAAGCACUUCUUCUCUGCUGAAAGCAUCAGUUCUGCAGCAGCAAGCCAGACAGGAGCAGCCCAGAAGCCCGCGUGGGUCCCUGCGCUGUCCUCAACCUCCAAAGCAAGAAGCUGGCCUUAAACAAACUGCAUCCCAAACACAGAAGUCCAGUUCUGUGGACCCCUCUGUGUCAGGGCCCUCCUCUCAGUCUCCACAUGGUUACGUUCAGGGUUCACGGUCUGCAGAUUUGGACUCCACAAGCAGAGCGCCCUACAUUUCUCUUCACAACACUCCUUCCUUCAGUGAGGAGGACGACGGUGCUAGAGUCCAAACAUGGGAGAGGAAAAGACAUAAAUACAGGCUUGAGGACUCUGUUGUAAAGUUAGACGGACACACUAUAGAGGACGACACUAAACCCGUCAGGUUAAAGGACAGGAGGCUGACGUUCGACCCUGUGACGGGACAGAUCAAACCCUCCUUUCUUAAAGAGUCCUGCCAGGGAGAGGAGAUCCAGUCGAGCCACACGCCUGAACCUCAGCGGUCUGAGCCGUCAAAAACAAAACUCAACCCACCCGUUCUUCCCAGUCCCUUCCAGCAGACGGACUGGAAGGAGCUGUCCAGGAGUGAAAUCAUCCAGUCGUACCUUAGCCAGCAAGGCAAAGCGCUGACGUCGUCGGGCGCGCACACACCUGGUGCACACUUUUUCAUGACUGAGUUCCUAAAAAAGGAGGAACACAAGAGUAAAAUCGUCAAGAAGACGCACACACUUGCACUAGAGCUCCCAGCCAGAGAGUUACCGGGGGUCAGCAGGGAGGUCAUCGAGGAGGACCUGCAGAGACUACACACACAGCACUGGUCCGGGGUGAACGGCUGCUAUGACACAAAGGGUAACUGGUUUGACUGGACGGAGUGCGUCUCUGUGGACCCGCAUGGAGACGAGAGCAUGUUGAACAUUCUGCCGUACGUCUGUCUGGACUGAACGUGAGCUCUGCUUUCCGUCAUGUGAUGGAUGAACCUGAAAGCAAUUUAAUAUUUGGUGUUUUGCACCUUCUGAAUAUUGGAGUCGAUGUGCUGCCUGCAUGCAUGAGUGUUUGACAAGCACAGGGAGUGUUACGGUGUUCUUUACCAGUUUUUGUGUCAGCACAAGAAGCAAGAGAGGCUAUGCAUUACCUGAACAUUCAGUUUCUGGUGAGCAGUUACUGUAAAGAUCCAGUUUCCAAACAUGCUUUUAUUUGUUCUGGAGAGGAUUUUACACAAAACUGCACAGCUACAUUUAAUAAUCUGAGAUGUUGCCUUGUGAAUAUGACUUUCCUGCAUCUACUCACAUUAUCCUGACAGUGUAGUACGUUUUUAAUUUAACAUUUUGACUUAAAGAACAUUUCAAUAGAGUACAGAAACUGGAGCGAAUGAAUCAAACCUCUCCUGAUGAGGUUGAAGUUCUCAUUCUCACUAUCUGUAUUAACAAAAUCAAGUGUUUGAGCCAUUAAAGCUACCUGUGUGACGGUUGUUUCAGCGGUGCACAUCUGUUGCAUGCAGCUGUGAGAGUUUGAUAUUUUUCUUGUGUUGUGAGGUUUGAAUGCUGUUAAAUUGAGGGACAUGAAACUGACCGAUGUGAGAGACGCUCGUGUUGAGCAGGAACGAUACACUGACACAGAAAUGUGGCUGUCAUGUAACAUAUUUAUCUACAUUAACAUCUUUGUUUAACUUAAACUCAUUCUCAAGUGUUUGGACUACAACAUUUCUUGUUGGAUUUCUUUAAUCAGCGAUGCAGACUGUCCUGGAAACGGGACAUUUCUAAAUAAUGACACAUUCUGAUAAUGUGAAGUAUUUUCUUUAAUCCUUGCCUUUUCCCUGUUCUGUGUUUUAGGUUGUGAAUCUGAAUUGAAACGGCAGAGCAGUUUUUGCCACUAACUUGCGUCUUUGUACUGUAAGGGGGAGCUGGGAUUGAAAUUCUCAUGCUGGAUAAAGUACUUAAUCAUUCCUUUAGAUGUUCUUUGCCUUAUGGAAACCUGUGUUUUCCUUAAAGACAGAGCCUAAGUGAAUGUACAGAAUUGAGCCUUUUGUGUUCAGCUGAAUGCAGAAGGGAAAAUGUUUGUUACUUUAAAGUCCUUUUAAUGGACAUGAUGAUCUGUGUUAAUAAAAAAAUGAAGGAACUGUGA